CCCUGCCUUCUGAGGCCCGGCCCCCUACAGCUCGCAGGCUCCGGUCGGGGCCGCGGCGGGGAGGAGCCUGGAGGCCCCGGGCUGGCGGGGACGCGCUGGCGGGCCAUGGCGGACCUCACUCUGUGCGCGUUCCUCACCAAGGUGCUGUGUGCUCACGGCGGCCGCAUGUUCCUGCAGGACCUGCGCGGCCACGUGGAGCUGUCGGAGGCGAAGCUGCGGGCCGCGCUGCGGCGCGCGGGUCCAGAGCGCUUCCUGCUGCAGGAGGUGGAGCUGCGCGACGGCCCGUGGGACGCAGAGGCCGAGGUGGCGGCGGGCGAGGGCGCGGGCUCAGGCGGCGGCGCCACGGCCUGCAGGGUGAUGGCCGUGUCCUCCGCGCGCCUCUGCGCCCGCUACCAGCGCGGGGAGUGUCAGGGCUGCGACCAGCUGCACUUGUGUCGCCGCCACAUGCUGGGCAAGUGCCCCCACCGCGACUGCUGGUCUACCUGUUCUCUGUCCCAUGAUAUCCACACACCUAUCAACGUCCAAGUCCUGAAAAACCGGGGGCUUUUUGGCCUCAAUGAAGGGCAGCUGCGAAUCCUGCUUUUGCAAAACGACCCCUGUCUUUUCCCAGAGGUCUGUCAGAUGUACAACAAAGGUGUCGAUGUCCUUUAUGGCUACUGCAGCCUCAAGGAUAGAUGCAACAAGUUUCAUGUGUGCAAAUCCUUUGUGCGGGGUGAAUGCCCCUUUCAGCCCUGCAAACGCUCCCACCAGCUCAUCCAUGCUGCCAACCUCAAGUUGCUAGAGGACCAAGAACUUAGUGUUUCAAGCGUCGUGAAUUUCCAGAUAAUCUCUGUCUACAGACAUAAGAAGUUGCACAAGAUGCUUGAAGAGAAAGACCACUCGGCUUCUACUGAGCAAUCACAAGGCCUUGGGAAACAAGGAGCCCUCGGGGCUGUGGAAGCCAGGCCUUUCCUCCCUGGCCGUGCUCAGUCGCCCAGGAAGCCCCAGUAAACCUGAACGAGCUUCGGAGGACGUGAGAAGCCCCUGUCCAUCUUGGAGGAUCAGAAGCAAGACUUCUGCUGAGCUGCAGUUUUUAGCCGGUCUUUCUCUCCCUCACUUGGUAUCAUUGGCAACUGUAAUACCUACCUCACAACUAACUGAUCACCAGGACCCAAGGUGGAAACGAAAAUACACUUGCAGCUGAGGGUGGAGGUUGGACCUGGAGCCGGCCAAGAGAGGAUAAAUUCUGAGCACGUAAUCCAGGGUGAAUACUGAAGCUGUAUUCUCUCUCUGCAGCCCCUGAAUGCCUUCGAGCCUCAAUGGAGGGCAGGUUUCUGCUGCCUGCUAGGUCCCGCUGGUGUUUUCUAGACUCCAUUUACGUAGCUUAUGUUGUGGACAUCACAGUUUGUGAACUCUGUAUCGUUUGUUACUUGGGUUUAUACUUAGUUCCUUUUUUGCACAGAAUUGUUAAUAUAAGUUUAAUCACCUCCCUUAUUCUGGAAUAUUUCAUACUCCUAACAGUGUUUGAAUGUCUUAUUUUGUAUCUGUGCAGUAUUGAAUUUAAAAGCCAAUUUGUACCUUUGCUUGGCUUGUAGGUGCUAAACAAUACUGUUUUCUGAUACACAUUUCUUUAACUGUCUGGGUGGAUAACCUCUGUCCCUGCUUUCUGUGUCUCUUGCUUGAUUUUGUGAAUUUCCCAUGUUGCAUUUUGUGGCUUGGGCCCUCUGUGCUGUCAUCAAUACUGUGUUCAUAAUAUUCAAGUUUCUGGGUCCAUCCUCAGUCAGCAACCCAGCUAAUGAUCUUUGGACUCUGCUCGGAGGUUUCUACCUCACCCCACCCCUCUCUCAUCCUCUAUCGAGCCUAUCAGAGCUCAGCUGCUCUGUGUGGUUCACUCCUUCCAGUUACUCCUUCUGGUGUGGAUGGGACAGACCAUCAGGAAUCCAUAUAUACCUUGCCCAUUUCGUGGUCUCUCCCUCCCUCCUCCCUCUCCCCUCCUCUCCUUCUCCCUCUCUCUCCUCCGUCCUCCCUCUCCACUUCUCCCUUCCCUCCUCCCUCCUCCCUUCCUCCAGCCUCUCUGUACCCACUCAUCCUGUUGUUUUCAGUGUGUGCUUUGCUGAUCUUUGUUGUGGUCAUGUUCCCCAAUGUAACUGUG